AUGGAUUUUUACAAGGAUAAAGCCAAGCUAAUUGACAAGCUCCUGGAGGAAGGUCCUACUUCCACGGAAGAGGAGGACGAAGCUCUGGUGACUUUAAAACGAGAAAGUCGUAUGCAAAACAAGUUUUUUGCUUGCCAUGUUGUUGUUUUGUUACUUGUGCUAGUACUGGGAAUGUGUUUGUUUGCGCGUGUAGCCUACUAUGGUUUUCAAACCACGGAGUAUGAUCAGCAGUCACUGAACGGAGGUUUGUUUAUCCUUAUAUUGGGCCAUUCCAUUUACUGUCGGCUCUCCCUUUAUUGAAGGUACUUUUAUACUUACUCGGGUCCACAGAGAUGCCAACCUCGGUUCUUUAAUCCCGCCACCCCUACCAAAAUUUUCCCCUUAUCCCGAAAUCCCGAACGUUUUCAUCGGCCAAUCCCGAUCCCGGUCACAUCAUUUACCGUAAAUCCUCUAAAAAUUUAUUUUACUUCAAGACCAUUUGAGGGGGAGCCUUAGUAGAGGGGGGGGGGGGGGCUUAUUUGAGAGGAGGAUUGCUGCAUACAUUGAAGCUUAAACUCUCUUGUCACCAAAUUAAUGACUUACGGUGUUUUCGGUCACAUCCAUAAAAAGAGUUUUGAGCCUUUCCAGUAAUUAAUCUUAGCAAUGGCUUAGAAUAUAAUUCUGUUGUAGCGAAUAGAAACAAAGGGCUUCUUAAGAGGUCUAUGUGUAACUGGAUCUUAUUAUGGCAAAGUUCAUGACAAAGGUUGUGCCAAAGGGGUCACAAAAGCCACGUGUCAAUGUGGUGUCCAAUGCUCAGUUUAAAUUUGCGUUUGUUUCCGUCACUGCUGACAGCAAAAGUUUAGUUUACUUUAAAAUUUUUGCCAUCCAAAACCGUGGAUUUCAGGGCUUUGAGGCGACGAUUUCCUGGAUCCUGCUUUGUAGUAAUGCGUCCCGUCCAUAAAUGCAAUCCCAAAUCCUCGCCCAUAUUUCUUUAGAAUCCCGAAUCCCGGGCUCCAAAAAAGGCAAAUCCCAGAUCCCAAAAAACCUAUUGAGGACCCUCAGCCUCCAGAGAUCUAAAAUCUGGAGACUCCCUAUUUUGCACUACACCCCAACUCCCCGAAUAUCAACAGCCCUACUACCCCCCUCCCACAAAUUGACCCAGCUACCUUGGCUUAGGACAUUAUAUGGAGUCUUAGAUGAAGUACAUGCAAUCAAAAUUGGCUUUCAUCAUUGUACUAACAAAAUAAUCUUUGUCAGUGACAAAAUAAGAGCAAAAAUGUCCCAGAAAUUGUACAAUGAAUAAAAAAAACCUACAAAUUUUGAUUAAAAAAUGGGCUAAAUUUCAAACUAAAGCACAGAUAAUCUCGAAAGUCCAUUUUAUCUGGGAGAUUUGGUGUCCCGUUGGGGAGAGUGGGAGAUCAGUGCUAUAUCUGGGAGACUCCCGGAUAGUCCAGGAGAGUUGGCAUAUAUAGAGACACUUUUAUUUCAUGAUAUGGUAAUAAUUGGCCCUUUAAGCUAUAGGAGCUCAUAGGGACUGUUAUUCACUGAUUUAAGUGGUUAAUUCCACAAGUUAGCUGAAUUUUUUUAUUUUUAUACCUGCCAACUGUUACUCUUGGAACAACUGGGUGAAAGGUGAUUUUUCUGUGGCUAUUUUUUAUUGUUUUAAUUCAGGUUAUUAUGAGCUUGAAAUCUUUCAAGAUGAGGACAAGCCACAUUACAGUACAAGGGAUAGGCCUCUACACCAGAUGAGGGGUAGGAUGUCUAGUGUUAAAAGUUCUGCUUCUUAUAGUCCCCCUCCAAGAUCAGAAAAGGCAAAAACAGGUGAGUCAUAGAGAAAAGCUGUAAAAAAAAUCCCUGAGGCCCCGUGACGUGAUUAGGGCGACUUGCAUAUCUCUUUCUAGAGACUGCUAGUCAACCAUGUCUCAAGCUUAUCUUCACCAAAAUUGCAUUUAGCCACCUUAAAUUAACUCCCCUCUUCAAUUUUUAUCUACAGCAAGGUACAUUGUGCACAACACUAUCUGGGGAUCUAUCUCAACUAUCUCUGUGGCACUGAAUGGAGCUCCUUUUAGUGUGGUUACAUCGUUCAGUGAUGGGACUGUCGACAAUAGCACAGGGAUACCAUACUUUUACCUGUCAAGUUUUGACCCUGUAAACAAAAACAUAAAGGUAAACAACUGGGCAAGUCUGUCAGUCUCUGAAGCGGAAAGUGAUUACUGCAAGGAACAUGACUGGGACCCAGAGGAACCACUUUGCUCUAGAGUUUCUCUCACAGGAAAGGUAAGUUAAUUGCACUUUAAUGUUUAAACCUUAGUGUUUUCCUUUUUCUGCCUUCAAUAGAUCUUGGGAGAGUUUUAGAAGCCAUCUUGACGAGUAGCCAAACACGUGAGAAUUUUUCUGGUGUCAGUGUUUGUAUGAGAAUCUAAUGUGAAAUAAUUUUCCUUAAAAUGGCUGUUCUGAAAAAAUAUGAAUAAUGUACUGAAAAAAUUUGAGGGUGUUACAUGAAGCUAUAUGCACUAGAACCACUUUUUCAAAUUUUCUAUACAUUUUUUUGUAAAAAUUUUUCUUCCUCCCAACUAAAAUUUCCUGGGAAAAUUGCAGAGAAAUAAUUAUGUGGGAAAUCUAAAACAAGUGUCUGGAGAAAUUUAAGCACAGUAAUGGCCCAAAAAAUUUGUUUUUAGAAUCCUUUGCUGUGUGGCGUUAGUUUACAAUUCAUUUUUUUCCAGAACAGCCGUUUUACGGAAAUUAUUUGACAUUAGAUUCUCAUCCAAACACUGUUACAUCUCAAGCGUGGCUUCCAAAACCGUGACAAGGUCUAUAGGCAAUAACAGCUCUCAUCAAUGUUAAUCAGUGUUUUAAACAUCAUGCACCAACUAAAGGACUCUAAUGUUUCAUUCUUUCUUGUCUCUUAAAACCUAAAGCUUGUUCAUGUUGGCCCUGAUGAGAUCAAGUUUGCUCAAAAUGCUUUGUUUUCAAGACAUCCUGUGAUGAAAUAUUGGCCUAAAGGUCAUGGUAAGUUAUCACAAAGUUAUCAUUCUUUCUUUAUACCUCUUGCACCAAAUUUCAAGCCUUAGUUAUUUUAUAAUAUUAAGUGAUGUCUUUGCAGCCAUCAUCAGUGUCGUUGCACAUCAUCACUACUUUUGUCAUUAUACUUUAUUUUCUUGUCACUGAUGCAUUUACUCAAUCUAGUAACCAAGUUAUCUUCUUUUUACAGAUUGGCAGACACUCAAACUUGAAAUUGUCAAUGUCUGGAUGCAAGAUAAUUAUGGCUCUGCUGAUAUCAUUCCAGUGAAAGAUUACCUGAAGGUCAAAUUGCAGUCAUUAGUCAUUGAAUGA